CGCGCCUCUGUGUCCGUGUGUUAGUAGGCGAAAGUUGUGAGUGGAGCAACGCUGCCGACGACGACAACGAGGAGGAGGAGCAGGAGGAGCAACGGCAUAACUGUGUACCUAACGGCAAAAAUCAAAUUUUACCGUUCCCAUGCGGAGCUGCUGGUGGUGCUGGGUGGUAACAAAAAAUGCACGUUAAACACACACAGCGGCGAGUUAGCGGUCCUGGAGCAUUCGGAACAUUUACCAACGACCAACGCGCCAGCCGAGACAACUUGUGCCCCGACGAUCAGCAGCAGCAGCAGCAGCAGCGGCAUUCGCACUCGCACCAGCACUUGGUGCGUCAGUCUCUGAUCAGCCUCAGUUACGCACAGGCGGGAACGAACUCCGCGGCGGCAGCGGCAGCUUCAGCGUCGUCGACUGGGCCCAUACCCAUACACUCGCAGUACUCGGCAUCGACCUCUGUGCGCAACAGUCCCAGUCCCAGCCCGGCGGCGGAUCAGCACAGCUGCAGCAGCGGCAGCCUUGGAGUCCCACUCGGAGUCGCACGCAGUCGGCGCGGCGAGCCGGCGGACCGGGAGCGUGAUAGAGACAGAGAUCGGGAUCGAGACAGAGAUAGAGACAGAGAUCGGGACGGGGACAGCGUCUCGCUGCUGAGAGGCGCCGCUGGCUUGGCCCAGCUGGGGCUUGAUGAGCCGCGCGCGCAACGGCAGCGCAGCAGCAGUCGUCUAUCGAGCGGCAUCUCGAAGCAGAACUCCAGCGACAGCCGCAGCGGAUUGCGCAUUCUCGAUCCGGCGCCCUCGCACAGCCACAGUCCGGUCAGCUGCGGUACGCAGAGCGUCAGCAGCACUGGCGGCCACUCGGCUCUGUACGAUGCCUGUCACGAGUAUACGCGCAGCUUGAGUGCAGCACCAGCGUCCGAGCAGGAGCAGGAUCAGGCGUCAGCAGCUGGCGGCGGCAUUGGAGCUUCCGGCCGCGGUGGCCUGCUGAAGAGCCACUACAGCGAGCAGCAGCUGUCGGAGCCGCACUUCACCAAUCUCAAUCUCAAUCUCAAUCUGAGCAGCGACUACGAUACGGGCAGCGACAAGCAGCAGCUGGUCAAUCAGACGUACAUCUUCAAGUGCAUCGCGAACAGUCCGUCGUUUCUGCGCACCAACAAGAUCAAGGAGCAGUCCAAGAAGUUGCGCAACUUAUCCCUAAAAACGCGCACGGCCAAAAAGAAGGGUCAGAUCAUUUCCAAGUCGAACGCCGUGUCCGACAAUUCGCUGCAUCCGGGCGACAAGUAUCUGAACUUGUAUCUGGUCGAGAAGAAGCACUCGCUGCAGCCACAGCCCAAUCCAGCUGCCACCUGCUCAGCUCCAUCCUCUUCCUCAGCAGCUGCGGCGGCGGCAGCGGCAGCGGCGGCAGCGGCGGUACGUCAACAGCAGCUGCCGGCCUUGUCGGCGGUUGCGGCACGACAACAGCAGCUGCUGCUGAACGGAUCGCUGAAGGGCAAGACGAAGACCUUUCCCGCAUAUCGAGCAUCGGUGCGCAGCGAGAGCGACGACAAGGAGUAUCGGGGGGGCAGCAACACGAUACCGACAACGGGCAAGAGUCCGCCGGUGCCGCACUCGCUGGCGGCCAAGAUCAGCGGCAAGAACUGCAACAAUCUGCUGCAGAGCGCCGGCAACAAGCUAAGCGUCAGCAGCAACUCCUGCCACAAGCUACAUGCCCACGGACAGGGUCACGGACACGGACACGGCGCCUACAGCACGCAAUCGCCCAAGAGCUCCGUCUCGAGCAACGGCCAUCUGAACAAGUACUGCCUGACGGAUCUGACGCGACGCAAGGCCGAGUUCAAUCGCCAGCUGAGCGCGCCGACAGACUACACACAUCACUCGUCCAGCAACGGCUCCCAGCAAGGCUCGGAGGCGGCCCAUGAGCCGGUCGGCGAGUCCACGAUCACAGUAGCCAGCGCCGGAGUACCGCUGGGACACGGACAUCUGCACGGACACACGCGCAGUCUUGGCGGCGGCGGCGUUGCCGGUCAGGCGUCCACGGCGCCGGCCACACUCAAAUCGCUGCAGCUCCAGCACAAUUUCGGUGUACACCAUCCGCCGGCACGGCCCACGUCCACGUCGUGCACCAACAGCUUCAAUCGGCGGCACAUACGCCGGCACAAGAGCAAGCUCAGCGAGCGCCUGCUGAACGGCGAUAGCGAAGAAUCGGUGCGCUGCUCAUAUUGCUCCGUAUUGAAUGUGAAUGAGAACGACUUGCGCAUUUCAUUUGAGAACACCUGCACCGACUCCCUGGUCACCGCUUUUGAUGAUGAGGCGCUGCUAAUAUGCGACCAAGGAACCGAAAUGGCAAGAGCAAAGGUACACUUUGAUGAUGUGUCGUUGUACGGCACUCCGAAAGAGGAGCCAAUGCCCAACAUACCGAUAGUCUCGGAAAAAGUCUCGGCGAAUUUCCUAAAAAGUCAAUUGCAAUCAUGGUUCCAGCCGACAGACAAUCGUCUGGCCAUGAAAUUAUUUGGCAGCCGCAAGGCAUUGGUCAAAGAACGCAUACGUCAGAAAACUUCCGGGCAUUGGGUAAUACACCCGUGCAGUUCAUUCAGGUUUUACUGGGACCUUUGCAUGCUUUUAUUAUUAGUAGCAAAUCUUAUUAUCCUGCCAGUCGCAAUAUCAUUCUUCAACGAUGAUCUGAGCACACGAUGGAUUGCCUUCAACUGCCUAAGUGAUACUAUUUUUUUAAUAGAUAUUGUAGUCAAUUUUAGAACAGGAAUUAUGCAACAAGACAACGCUGAACAAGUAAUAUUGGAUCCAAAGCUUAUAGCUAAACACUAUUUAAGAACCUGGUUUUUUCUCGAUCUGAUUUCGUCGAUACCAUUAGAUUAUAUAUUUUUAAUUUUCAACCAAAUUAUGAAAUUGCAGGAUUUUUCUGAUUCUUUUCAAAUAUUGCAUGCCGGACGCGCUCUGCGCAUCCUUCGUCUAGCUAAAUUACUUUCCCUAGUUCGCCUGCUCCGACUCUCCCGCCUCGUGCGCUACGUAUCCCAAUGGGAGGAGGUCUAUAUUCUGCAGAAUCUACAGAAAAAAAGUGCUGAUCGCAGAGGGAGAAUGCACAGAAAAGACAAAGAUGGCUUGACAAAAAGCAACCUAAUUCUCAAGUUCCUCAAUAUGGCCUCGGUUUUUAUGAGGAUCUUCAAUUUAAUUUGCAUGAUGCUCCUGAUCGGACACUGGAGCGGUUGUCUGCAGUUCUUAGUGCCAAUGUUACAGGGUUUUCCAUCUAAUUCCUGGGUAUCCAUCAACGAGCUACAGGAAUCAUAUUGGCUGGAGCAAUACUCAUGGGCAUUAUUUAAGGCCAUGUCACAUAUGCUAUGCAUAGGAUACGGCAGAUUUCCACCACAAUCACUGACGGACAUGUGGCUGACGAUGCUCUCGAUGAUAUCGGGCGCCACAUGUUAUGCAUUGUUCCUUGGUCAUGCGACCAAUCUAAUACAGAGCUUGGACUCCAGCCGGCGGCAGUAUCGCGAGAAGGUCAAACAGGUGGAGGAGUAUAUGGCCUAUCGCAAAUUGCCGCGCGAUAUGCGGCAACGCAUCACGGAAUAUUUCGAGCAUCGGUACCAGGGUAAAUUCUUCGAUGAAGAGUUGAUACUUGGCGAGUUGAGCGAGAAACUGCGCGAGGAUGUCAUCAACUACAAUUGCAGGUCCCUCGUGGCGUCAGUGCCUUUUUUUGCUAAUGCCGAUUCGAAUUUUGUUUCCGACGUAGUUACCAAACUGAAAUACGAAGUUUUCCAACCAGGUGAUAUUAUCAUAAAGGAGGGCACGAUCGGUACAAAGAUGUACUUCAUACAGGAGGGCGUUGUGGACAUUGUCAUGGCCAACGGCGAGGUUGCCACCUCACUAUCGGACGGCUCUUACUUCGGUGAGAUCUGUUUGCUGACCAAUGCGCGUCGUGUGGCCAGCGUGCGAGCCGAAACCUAUUGCAAUCUAUUCUCGUUGAGCGUGGAUCAUUUCAAUUGCGUUCUGGACCAGUAUCCGCUGAUGCGCAAGACCAUGGAAACCGUGGCUGCCGAGCGGCUAAACAAGAUUGGCAAAAAUCCGAAUAUAAUGCAACAAAAGGACGAGCAGCUGAGCAAUCCAGAAUCGAAUACGAUUACGGCGGUGGUCAAUGCAUUGGCCGCCGAGGCCGAUGACUGCAAGGAUGAUGACAUGGAUCUCAAGGAGAAUUUACUGCAUGGGUCUGAGUCGAGCAUUGCUGAGCCGGUGCAAACGAUACGCGAGGGCCUGCCCCGGCCCCGAAGCGGCGAGUUUCGGGCUCUAUUCGAGGGGAAUACUCCAUGACACUGAGGCAACACAACUAGCCCAUCCGGCGUGCAUCGAGCAACCAUCUGAGUAGCGGUUCGCAGUCCCAGAAACAAAAACAAAAGCAAAAACAAAAACAAAUAGCAAUACACAAUACACACACAUAGGACACACUCACACACAUACACUUGCGUAUAUAAUAAUUAGUGAAAAAAAGAAAACAAAAAAAAAACCCUAAAAAAAGUACAGCAAAAUGAUGAAUCAAUUUACGGUAGUCUACAUAUAUAUGCAAUUGCGAUUUAGUAGAAAAUGACAACAGCAACAACAACAACAACAACAACAAAAGAGAUAGUAAACGUAUUACACAACAAUGUCCUCAAUAAUUAUUCAUAAUUUCAGCUCCGCUAACUGUGAUGAACUUUAAUAUAAGAAUCGAAAAAAAAAAAUGAAAAACUAAAAAAAAAAUGAGUACAUGAAUAACUUAUACGAUAAAAUUCAGCAGCCAGUUAAAAGCAUUCACACAGACACGACACACGGCCACACACACACACACAGACACUGAGUUACAGACACACACACAUACAUAUAUAAGUAGUAAAUCUACAUGAUAAGUUUUAUGCCCACGAUAUUGUAACGAUUACGAAGUGAAUAGAUGUUAGUCCUAUGGACCUACUACUAACAAAACUCUCUCACACACACACACACACACACAGACAGACAGGCAGACAGACAGACAGCCAGACACACACAUACACCUGUAGUUAAACAUACACGCACACACACACACACACACGUGCAUGAACUUAUGAUAUAAAGAAAACCGUUACGUUAUGCAUACAACAACAAAAAAUAAAAACAAAUGGAAUAUAAAUGCGCGUAGCUAUAUUAUGUACUCAAGAGCAAACCAAGAAUUAUGUAUUAUUGCGAUUAUAUAGCAUAUUUAAAUACGCAUUGCAAAAUGAAAACAACACUCAGCAAUACGAGUAAACACGACAAGAACAAAAACAAAAUACAAUAUUAUAAAAAGAA